AUGGAGGUGGUGGUGGCAGCGGAUGUGGUGGCGAUGGCAGAGGUGGUGGUGAGUGGAGACAGUUUCAGAGGUGGUGAUGGUGCCAUCCAAUCCACCGCCUCAUCUUAUUCUUCCUUAACCCUCUAUGAGUGUGUCCUCUUCACCACCGACGAUGCUUCCGGUUCAAGCCUUACAAGGUCAUUCAUUGCUUUGUUGCUGUUCAAUUGUCCACCGCUUUUCCCACAGUGUCACCACCAUCGAAGAACGGCCACCCCUACUACCCUAAACUACGCCGUCCAACACCAUCGCCCCCUUUCAUCCUCAGCUUUGUCGUAUUACCUAUUAAGAUCGAGACCCCCACCGGAGCACCAUAGAAGCGGCUUACCACCACGGCAACAGUCUGUGUCGCCUUGGGAUUCGGUAAGGUCGGCACCCCCAUCACCACUGUCUUCUACAGUUGUCGCCCUUCAGAAUGACUUUUGGAAGUCUUCUUCAACUAUUUUGGGGGAGUUCUACUGUGAUGAUUGGGGUCAGAGGCAAUCUGAAGCUACGAGGAAAAAAGAACCAUGCAUACACCAGCCAUCGAAUUUAAUCUUCGAUUUCACAACUUCACCAUUCUUUAAGUUGUUCGCUGGAAUACCUACAUUAAUCUACAUGUCAAGAAUGAAGCUUUUUUAG